UGUCAAGGUGCAGUCUAUGCACAGAAAAAUAGAGACCUAGCAAAGACGAACAACAACUAUAACGACGCAAAUACAACAACGAUAUUUGCAGCAAAAACAAAUUGCAAAGAUUUUGGUCGCCACCAAAGCGAGACAAAGUUUUCAGGCGAAUGUUGCGAACUCAACGACAAAAGCAAAACCAAAUACUUAAUACGAGGCGAACCAAACGGCAUCAGUCAAAACUAGUAUCAAUAAAUAACAGCAAAAGGAACAAUAUUCGUAACAUGGGCUGCGUCUUUGAAGCAUCCAGAGAGCAGCCCAAUCAGUGCAUAAAACAACAAACGCAAAAUCAGUGCUCUCUCAUCACAACAUCAAAAACAGUAAAAGACAACAGGGUAGAGGAAAUAAAAGUCGAGGAUAACUACCAACAAAAUCAUAAACCUCAAACAGCAACAGCAACCCGCAAAAAUAUAAAAGCGACAACUCAAGUGCUUUUUGUGGUACCACAGCAACAACAGUUAAGUCAAGAAGUAUAUGACAACAAAGAUGCCUUGGCUGCUCACAAUAUUUGGCCAUCGACGAAGCCAAACGCUUUGCAUAUAAAUUGCUGGAAUUGCAAUAGCCGCAACCUAAAGAUUAACAAAGAUGAGCAGCAGUGCCGUCGACAGCACUUAUGUCAGUUUCGCACUACCAGAUUCAGCAGCAGAAACCACUACAUUGCUACAUGGACGUCUCUGGCUGGCAUAUCCUGUCUACGCCUACACAAAAUGCUGUUGGAAGCGCGAGAUGCCCUAGCGACGCCACUAGACGAACCAUCCGAAGAGCAGCGGAAACUGGAGGAGGAUAAAGAUGAGGAUAAGCCAUUUGAAGAUCUGCACUGGCAUCGGCACAAUGUUACCAGCACUUUUGUACCCGCCACAAUGUCAGCAGCUAUUUUAUCCAGUCUGACCGCCACCUUAGCUAUUGCAUGUCAGUAUUUGGCUCAGCAUUAUAAGGCGCAUAGUCAGUCUUUCAGCUUCUAUGCUGCCUCUAGUAUAAUCCUGAUGUUAUGCUAUCUGACCACUACAUCCACUGCCGCUGCCACGCAGUCGGAGACGGCUGCCCUAGACAAACAUCCCAUUCACGGUAUCGAUUGGUCGAAAUUCGACGAAUCCAGUUCAGAUAAGGAGAUUUUAGAUUUAUUACUUGAGAAGAAGCGCUAUGAUAAACGAUUACUGCCACCUGUUAAUGAUGAAGACUUUUGCUGUGGCUUACAAUCGCCUGACAUGGCCUCAAAUCAAAAUGCCAGGAGACCACAUAAUCGCGGAACACUGACGGUUAAUGUUAAUGUGUUGCUUUUGAGCUUAGCAUCACCCGAUGAGAGCAGCUUGAAAUAUGAAGUUGAAUUUCUAUUGAAUCAGCAAUGGAACGAUCCUCGCCUUCAAUAUGGCAAUAAGUCCCACUAUGAUUUCCUAAACGCUUUGCAUCAUCAUGACAGUAUCUGGACGCCCGACACUUACUUCAUUAUGCAUGGCGAUUUCAAGGAUCCCAUCAUACCAAUGCAUUUCGCUCUAAGAAUAUUUCGCAACGGGACCAUUACGUACGCAAUGAGGCGUCACUUGAUUCUGUCGUGCCAGGGAAGUCUUCACAUAUUUCCAUUUGAUGAUCCAAAGUGCUCGUUCUCAAUGGAAAGCAUUUCCUAUGAGGAAGCCCAAAUAAAAUAUGUUUGGAAGAAUGACGAAGAUACAUUACGCAAGAGUCCAUCUUUGACCACGCUAAAUGCAUAUUUGAUAAAAAAUCAAACCACGGCCUGUGAUCAAAACAGUUGGCGAGGCGUGACAACAAUGUUGAAUUUCUUCACUACCUCGAACGGUUUUCGCAGCACCCUGCCAGUCGUCUCUAAUCUGACGGCGAUGAACGUGUGGGACGGCGUUUGUAUGUGCUUCAUUUACGCCUCUUUACUGGAGUUCGUAUGUGUCAAUUAUGUGGGCCGCAAGCGUCCAUUACACAAUGUCGUUUAUCGUCCCGGUGAAAAUCCCGUAACACAGCGUCUUCCAGCGGUACUAAGCAGGAUCGGAGUAAUUCUUGCAAGUCCUUUGGCAAGCACCGUCGCCAUGACAGCCAACACGCCGUGUGUAGCAGCUUCGUCACCCACGUCGGACACACUCAGGCACACGGAGGAGGAAUUCCUUGGCGGCGGCAUGCGGUGGCAGGAGGCGCAUGGUGGCAUCAUCGGUGCAGCUGUGCAAAAUUUGCGUGCACGUUCGAUUAAACGUAAGAACGGUCGAGAAGCCAUACGAAGCAGUUCAUCGACAUCCACACCGCCAAGUGUAAAGCCGCCCGCAAUAACUACAGAACAUAUCUAUGAAGAGCCAGCGCUGGGUGAAACUGCGACGACGAAUGUAGCAGUCACAAGUGUUAAGUUGAAAGAUGUGCAGGAGGAAGAAAGCUCCAACCUACUACGUCGCUCUGUUGCCACAAGCACGCCAGCACUAGUGGUGCACAUCGAGAGCGAGACAAAUGACCGAGAAAAAGGAGAUGAGAUGGAGAAAUAUCUGGGGCAGCAACCCUUGCCAUCUCUUAAAUUGACCGAAGAUUAUGUUCAGUCCGAAUUGCCGUUAAAACCACCACGCAAGAAAACUUCUCGGUCUAAUUCACCAAGCAGUGCCUACUCAGCAGAUGCGAAAUCAAUAAUGACAAUCAAAACAACCGCUGCUGAAGCUGCGGUGCAAACUGGCGAAAAACGACGCGACGCCGGAGCACCGAAUGAGAUUGUGGCAUGUACCACAUGCGGCGGCAGCAGCAGCCCAUGCACCCAUUCGGUUAACAAUGGCUGUGCCACGGAGACCUGCUUCGUUCAAAUGCGCAAAAAAGAGCCACCGCAUCCAAUACGCGUUGCCAAGACGAUCGAUGUCAUUGCUAGAAUAACAUUUCCAACUGCCUAUGCUAUAUUUCUGAUAUUUUUCUUUGUACACUAUAAGGGAUUUUCUUAAAAUUUAGCUGAACCGACACUCAAAAAAUGCGCAAGGUGCACAGCAAUGAAAACAAAAAAAAAUCAUAAGAUAACCUUAAGAAAUAGAAAAACAAAUUAAUUUCGUGAGAGACAAGUAAAGACGAUGCUGUCGGACCAAACCGACUGCUUAAUACUCUGAUACCAAUAGGUGCUAAGAUGCAUUUGAGCGGAGGUGGCCAAUGAUUAACCUAUAAUAUAUUCAGUAGUUCACUUUCAAAUUUUGUUGUCUCUAGUUUAAAAUUGGAGAAAUUAUAAAUUUUAUUGAUAUUUCGAGAUUUUACUAAAUUGGCAGCCACCGGUGAGCGAGACCAAUUAACAAUAUUAACAAUUUGUCUGACACAAAGUCACGUCUCGAGCUGAAAUAAUUUAAAUAAAGUUAAUACGGACAGAUGGACGGACUUACAUAAUACAAGAAGGACACUGCGCAAAGCCAAUCUACAGGACAUUCAGCUUCGGUAUCAGUGUAUAUAAAGUUAAUGAAAGAAUGUUAAAGUUCGUUGAAAUUUCACUUAAAUGUACCAAAUGGCAACACAAAGUAUCUAUUUAAAAUCGAAUAUACUUAAUUACAAUUCCAAUAAAUUGUAAAAAAAAUAAAACAAGUGAUAAGUCAUAUAGUCAAUAUAACAAGAAAGAAUAUAUUCUUCAAUGGGCUUUUUUAAGUUGAUAAUAUUAAAUUCAUAAUUUUUGCAAAAACAAAACUUGCUAAUUGGAAGUGGUCAACAAAUGCUUUAAAUACUUAAUUGUAAAGGAAUAUUAAGCAAGUUUUUAAAUAUAGUUAAAUACAUUCAUAAUUAUAUUAAAACCAAUUUUUUAAGAACUUAUACUGAAAGUUUGUUCCAAAACAAACAUCUAAGAACCUUGCCUGAGAAAAAUGCGAGCCAUGAGAUAAAUUCUAUAAGCAUAUUAUAUAAAUCAGUAAAAAAAAAUGUAAAAAAAUGCUUUCCGUAAUUACACGUAUUAAGGAAAGAUGUGUGCACAAAAUUCUUACUAUGACGCUUAGCUUCAUAUGAUGAUUCGUAUAUGUAAUUAUAAACAUAUAUGGAAUUAAGUUCUAGUCUGUCUAACAUAAGAACUUGCUUUGUCCGGAGUUCGAGAUAUUAUUACAUUUUAUAUGUUUUCAACAAAUACAUAUUGAUAGGCGUAUUCGAUGUCUACGCCUAUCUCAACCCCAUAAGUCUGGCCAUUCUAGUUUGUAUUCGCCUCAAAUUCGUCUUUGUCUUUUGCACAGUAGUACAAUUUCUUCAAAUCUAUAUAAUGAUUCAGCUCUUCGCAGUAGAUUGUGUGUUUUCUUGUUAAACUUUCAUACUAUCCUGUUAAAUAAUUAAACUUUUUCCUAUUCUUCUUUCAUCUUUUUGUUCCUGAUUUUUUCUCUCAAGUUAUUCUUUUUCUAUUCGAUUUCCAUUAAAUUUUGGCCAGCGCCAGAUUGAUUCAGCUGGUGCAACAGGAAUGAGCACAAUGAUUUUGAAUCGAGCAUAAGGUUUUUUCAACUAGUUCUCCAGCAGCACACCACCACUGUCCAAAAACUUUGGUUGCAUAUUAUUGGGUUUUAAGUAAACCAACAGUUCGUGGAUUAAUGAGCCUACGAGAAAUGAAAGUUGGACGCUUUCCAUUGCAUAUUCUUUUUGUCCGUAAUAGUAAACAACGCUGGUUGUCUAGAUGCAAUAUUUUUGAGCCGCUCGUGCUGUUAGCCUGGAUUAGAUCACAAAUUCAUUGAAUCAGGAUUUGCAUUUCUUAUCUACCUUAACAAUCCGCACUAUUUUCACACAUCAACAAUUCAUCAAAAGUUUGCACCCUGUAAACAUUUCUGGUCUUCACCAAACCCGUUGCAAUAUUUCUCUCCUUUCUACAUCUUCAUUAUUAAAUUCUUCGACCAUUUAGUCAGAAAAUUAAAUUUCUUUACAUAUUUCCUUUCUGAUAUUCUGCCGGCUAAGUAAGCAGAUAUUUGCAUGAAACUCCUCAGCCUUUUUGUCAUAAUCGAAUCCUUCAAAUGUUUUCAAACACUCCCGAGAUAGAGCCACUAUGUAUCGAAUCAAAAUGUAUGAAGAAGAAUAACAUACAUAUAUAUAUUUUAUACUCGUAACUCUUUUAAUCGCGACAUCGCUAGAUUUAUUUAGUAAGAAUACAGCCGUCGUUUUUGCUAUCGUUGUUUUCAAAUCGAAAACUAGCUCAGCCUAUAGUUCGAGAUAUUAUUACAUUUUAUUAUGUUUUGAACAAAUAUAAGUUCAUGUUUAGUGUUCCGCGUAUUUGUGGAGUUGUAUUAUUUAAGCACAUAUAGCAUGUGUGUCUAUGCCCAUCUCUAUCACGCAAAUAUGUGUAUAUAUUUAAAUUAAAAAAAUUAAAAAAUUUAAAAUUUAAUUUUGUUUGUUUACUUGAUUCAAAUGCCUCCAUGUCAAAAUAUUGUCAUAAAAUGUCGCUCAAAGCUGUAUAUAACAAAAUACUUCGAAUGUUGUAAACUUUAGUUUUUAAUUGGCUUUAUCAUUUAAAUAAAUAUUAUGUUAUUUUCAAUGCAUGAGUUGCUGUGGCAAUUUUUUUUGAUACUAUG